ACAAACUUGUAACCAACAAGUGCAAGGGAGAGUUGCAAGUUGCCGGUGGCGAUGGCAUCCACCACAAACGACGAGGCCCCUAGCUUGUCCACGGUGGCAAAUACUCCAACAGGGGACACUGCCACAAGGGUGGAUGUGAUUGCGUCGAACAUGCACCCCCUGCUUUUAGCAGCCGCAUCCAAAGGCAAUUGGGAAGAACUGAAUUAUCUUCUCAACGGAGAAGAUGCCCAAGGGCAGCCAACUAUGAUGCCUAGUCAAGAAUUUCUUGACCAGCGUGCAACAUACAACUUGGGUCAGCGGGCUACUGCUGACGUCGAAGAAGGCGCUAUGGUGUUAGCGCCUUCUGCAGCGUCCCUUCUGGAGGGUGUCACCGUGGAGGGCGACACCGCGUUACAUGUGGUGGCCGCUCGCGGAGAAGGCCGGAAAUUCUUGAAGUGUGCUGACCUCAUCCACGGCAUGGACAAACGCUUCCUGUUCGAGCCAAAUAAAAAGGGUGACACGCCCUUGCAUUGUGCUGCCAGGGCUGGGAAAUCUCAAAUGAUCUCUCAUCUUAUUGGUCUAGCUAGGCGUGAACAAGGCGGUGACAAGAUAGUGCAAGACCUCCUGAGGAAGGAGAAUAAGAGUAAUGAGACGGCCUUGCACGAGGCUGUCCGCAUUGGAAAUAUUGAUCUCGUUGAACUGCUACUCUUGGCUGAUUCAAAAUUGGCUAUGUUUCCUAAAGAAGGCAUGUCACCCUUGUACCUCGCCAUCCUGCUGGAGAAGGACGCCAUUGCACGAAUACUACAUGAUAUGAGUGAAGAUAAUGAUCUCUCGUAUUCUGGACCAUGUGGGCAAAAUGCGUUGCAUGCUGCGGUUCUUCGACAGACAGGAAUGAUAAAAGAUCUAUUGGAAUGGAACAAGGGCCUUACCACACAAGCUGACAUUAACGGAAGCACGCCUCUUCACUUUAUAUCAUCUCAGUCAGGACGAAGUUACGACUCUUGGGGCUAUUUCAAGCGGAUUCAAAGCUACGUAAAGGUGGUAUUCAAAGCUAACAAAGCACCACUUUAUCAGCCUGAUAACUGCGGAUUGUUCCCUUUACACGUCGCUGCCUCUGUUGGAGCGACAAAGACCAUUGCCAUUUUUCUCAAGGACUGUCCAGGUAGUGCUGGUUUGCGUGACACAACGGGAAGAACAUUCCUUCACGUUGCUGUUGCGAAAGGCCGCCGGUCCAUAGUAAAAUUUGCUUGCCGAACUCCAUCAUUAGCUUGGAUUUUGAAUAUGCAAGACAAUGACGGGAACACUGCAUUGCACCUGGCUGUCCAGGAUGGGAGUCUUCGAAUGUUUUCUGCUCUAUUUGGGAAUCGGCAAGUAGACUUGAAUUUAACUAAUGCAAAAGGGCAAACUCCUCUAGACAUAUCACGAUGUAAGAUUCCCUUAGGAAUGAAUUACAAUCAGAACAUUGAAUCAUUGAUUCACAAUGCACUCAAAAGAGGUGGCGCUAGGUAUGGUUGUUGUCGAUGGGAUCACUUUCAAGGAAAGCAUAUUAACCAAGAGGGACUUGAUUAUAAAAAAGACGAAUUGAAGAGGUUGAAAGAUUCAACACAAACUCAGUGUAUUGGCUCAGUUCUAAUAGCAACGGUAACAUUUGGUGCAACUUUUGCCAUUCCUGGUGGUUACAAAGCCGAUGAUCACAAUAAUGGAGGCACAGCAACACUUGCGGGAAGGUAUGGUUUUGAUGCAUUCGUGAUGGCCAACACAUUAGCUUUCAUUUGUUCCACAAUAGCUACCAUUGGUCUCAUGUUCUCUGGAACUUCCAUGAUUGAUUUGAAGAGUCGAGGAAUGUACUUCAACGCAUCCGUACUUUUCAUUUCAAGUUCAGUUACAAGCUUGAGUGCUGCGUUUGCACUAGGCGUGUACACGGUGUUAGCUCCAGUUGCUCAUAACAUAGCUGUUGCGGUCUGUGUGAUGAGUCCCCUUGUGGUACUAUCGAAAAAUAUGGAGAUUCUGAUAAAAUUGGGUCUUCUUGCACGACCUCUAUGUGUAAGGAUGGGGCUACUUAAAUCAUUGAUGUGGCUAGGAAUUAUAGCAGCGGUGAACAUGAUUCUUGAAUUUUGGCCCUUCAUAGUCAUAUUUUGUUCAGCAAGUGCAAGGAACCACCACCAUCAUUGACAUGGAGGGGCACCGGAUCUCGGCCGCCCGUUUUCUCAAUGAACAGGCCAGACCGUCUGCUACAGUACCUCAGCUACAGUAAUUUCGGCACAGUGUUCCGAGUGGGACCUCGCCGCUGAUUUCAUCCUGUGCACGUUGUGGCUACUGCUUAAGUUGCAAUAGCAGUUACAAGUGCACAGGAACCCGGUCCAUAAAAUGUAUGGUGAUGGAAGGUUCUUGAAACGACUCGGUUUUUUGCAUGUCAGGAUCGAGGUCAGAACAUGCCUAGUACCGUGCUUUCAUGUGGU